AUGGCCAGCAAGCCAACCGCACAACGAAAGCCAAUCGAGCUUUCAAGGAAAGCAGAAAUUUUGUCUGAAGUGAGAGCUGGCAAGCUCACGAUAACCGAAAUUGCACGCAAGUUCAGGAUUGCAAAGAGCACGCUAACGGGCAUCAUAAAAGAUGGUGCACGGGUAACCGCCGCAUUGAACGAUGGGGACUUCACGUCGAAGCGAAAGAAGAUGCGGACGGCUGCGCACAAGAGCUUGGAAGAUGUUCACCUCGCAUGGAUACAAUGUGCUCGUAGUGCGAAUCUGCCUGUGAACGGCAUAGUUCUGAAGGCAAAAGUUGAGGAAAUUGCCCUAAAGAUGGACAUCGAGUUUGCCUGCAGCGACGGAUGGCUCGAUCGCUUCAGAAAAAGACAUGAACUCGUUUUCCGAUCUGUUGCCGGUGAGGCCGCCGCCGUUGACGAAGUGACCUGUAAUGAUUGGAGGCUGACCAAGCUGAAACAGAUCCUCCAGGAUUAUGACCUUGGUGACGUCUACAACGUCGACGAGACGGCCCUCUUUUAUCAGCUGCUUCCACAGUAG